UUUUUGUCAUUUGUAUUUAUCCGUGAAACCGGUAAAAGUUUAUCCGAACAGACUCAUGCAAUGUGGAAGAUGUAAUCAUGAUAAUGAACAAUCAAAUCAUAAAUCAGAAGCAGUAGAAUCACAAUACGGAAAAAUUGCUGAAAAUUCUUUAUUUAAAUGUAUUAACAGAUUUGAUGGUUGUCGAGAAUUGUUAAAAUAUUCUGAGGUGCAGGAUCACGAACAGGUAUGCUUGAAAAAAAUUCACAGGUGUCCAAUAUGUUAUGAAGAAAUGGCGAGUCUUCUUUUACUUCCACACUUUCACUCCAACCAUAAGGAUGCUAUAUUGGAUUGUCCAGCAUUUAUUUUCAAGUUGAAUAACCAUUUAGAAACUCCCAAUGCUUAUACGUAUCAAGAAGGAGAUAAUUUGUUUUUUCUGUAUGUUAACUAUCGUAAGUCCGAAAAUACAAUAAAAUUAGAUUUAGUUUAUAUGGGCAACUUAGAACAUGCUAAAAAUAUAUACCACCAAUUUAGUUUAAGUAGCGAAAAUAAAGAAUUUGAUAUUGUAUUGGACCCAACACCUUGUACGCAGGAUAUUGUUGUUGUGGAUAUAUCACAUAUGUCAAACUUUGUACAAAUUAAAUUUAAGUUAAUUGAUCGCAAUCUAAAGGUUUUGAUGUCAACGGAAAUUAGUAACGCUGGAGUUGUAAAGAAACCUGUACUCAAUCCUGUACUCAAUAAUGCUCUACACGGGUCUCAAAUUGUAAAAAAACAAUCGGAACUUAGUCAAAGAUGUGUUAAAUGCCAAGAAUAUUACAUUUUUUCAUUAUCUACAUAUUCAAUUUCCUAUUAUUAUAAAGAUAAACGCAGUAACAAUUGUAUAUGUUACUACUGUUAUCAGUGGUUCAAGAGUGAUGGAUAUAUUAGAAGAAUAAUUCCCAAAAAAAUAGCGACUGACAUGUGGAAUUGUAGUAAUUGUCGUAGCAACAUUCAGGCUUCAGAUAUGCAGUUCCAUGAAAUAAAUUGUAAACAAGGUAAAAAAUUUAGUUGCCCUAUAAAAAAUUGUCGUGAAAAAGGAACUGUUAACGAAAUAACCGAACAUUUGAAAGUUCAUAAUUGUCUGGCAUUUUCGUCUCACUUUAAAUUAACUUCAGAUUCUUUAAGAUGUUAUGUAUUUGUAAAGAAGUAUAUUGUAUUUUUACAUUUAACCCGUGUUGAAUCAACUUUUAAUGUAAAGUAUAAUAUUCAGGUGAAAAUCGUAACCAAAACCGACAAUAAUGAAAACAGCACAACAUUAAAACCACGUGUUAUGUUUUUUGACAGCAGAAAUCAACUUUUGAAUGGUUAUAGCAUGGGUACGAGUACUGGUGAAAUAUUUAUAAAGGUUAUUAUAAAUAACUAGGUAAACAGUCUUAUUUAUUCUUCUUUUGGCAUCAUAACCCUGGCUCAGAUCUCUCUUGUGCCCUUCUCAUUCCAUUAUCUUAUGUUUAUGGUUUUCAGGUCGUCUUCCACAUCAUCCAACCAUAUCGUUCUUGGCCUUCCUUUUUUUGGCGUUGUUAUCGGCUUCCAUUGUAACAUUUUCUUUGUUGUUUUUGCAUCUUCUUGUCUCUAUACAUGUCCCAGUCGUGACAGUAUUUGUCUUUUCAUAAAUCUUGCCAUAUAAUACUUCUCGUUCAAUUCAUCAACCUCAUCCUUUCUCCUGAUUCUCCAUGUGCCGUAUUCCUCUCGCACCGGGCCAUAUACUUUUCUCAGUAUCUUUCUCUCGAGUGUCAUGUGAUGGGCUUCAACUUUUUUCGUCAUUACCCAAGUUUCGCAACUAUGGGUUAUACGGGUCUAAUCAAUGUUCUGUAGAUAGUCAUUUUGGUUCUUUUUUCUAAUAAUUUAGAUGCCAUCAAUCUUUUAUUAGCAUAGUAUGUACGAUUCCCACUGGAAAUACGUGCAUUAAUUUCACUACUUACGGAAUUCUUGUGAUUGAUUGCUGCGCCCAGUUAUGUAAAGGCAUCCACACGUUCAAUAGUAUAGUUGUCCAUUGCGAUAUUAUUUUAAUUGUCAGGUGUUAUUUUUCAAAACAAUCAAUUUUGUUAGAUCAUCAGUUGGCGCUACAGGCCUUCAUGAGCAUUGCCUCAAAACAUUCUUACAUUACUCCCUGUUCAGCAGGGGUGGGCAAAUACUUUUAAGCGCGGGCCAAAAUGAAAUUUUCAUAAUGUUUCCCGGGCCGAAGUACUGUACCGCCUACUUACGCUGUGCACAUGCGAAUAUUUUUGGUCGAAUUUUGCCCUGCCCAAGAAAUUUUUUUUACAAAAAUACUUCUUCUUCUUCUUUUUGUAUAGACAUGACUCUGUCUGAUUUUUAAAUGUGCCUCCAGUAAGUUGUCGUUCCAUAGUUUUCUUGGUUUUCCCACUGACCGCCUUUCUAUUGAGGAACCGUCUCUCGCCGUCCUUAUAGUGCUCUAUUUGUGGUCAUUCGGCUUAUGUGGUCAUUCCAUUCUACUCUUCUGUUUCUUACCCGGUUAUAACUGUUGUCCACCUUGCAUCUCCGUCGUAUAUCUAUAAUUCUAGCUCCGUCCCAUAGUGUCUUGCCAUCGAUUUUUCGAAGAGUUUUCAUCUCCGCUGUUUCGAGCAAUCUUUUUGCGCUCUCUGUGUCAGGUCGUGUUUUUUCCGUGUAUGUCAAUAUUAGUCUGAUGACUGUUCUGUAAAUUCUGCCUUUCAUUUCUUUUCCGAUAUUUUUAUUGGUCCACAUUGUGUCAUUCAGGUAACCUGCGACUCUGUUUGCUCUAUUCACUUGAUCUUCCACUUCUGUUUCGAGUUUCCGUAGCUAGAUAUUGUGACGCCUAAAACUCACUCACUUGUUUUAUUACAUAACCCUCCAGCUCCCAUUUACAUCUUAUUGGAUGUGCUGUUAUAACCAUGCAUUUUGUUCUUUUUAGGGAAUUAACAUGUUUCUGGUGGUUAUAUUAAAUUGGUGCAGCAUAAUCCGCUGUAAAUUAUCUUCACUCUGAGAGAUUAGUAUUGCAUCUUCUGCAUUGCAGAUUAUUUUAAGUUAUUUUUCUCCCAUUUGGUAUCCUUUUUUAGUUCUUACUUUUUUAUUAUUUUAUCCAUGAUUAGGUUGAACAGUAAGGGUAAACAUAAUAAUAACUCAGGGAAUCCCCCUGUCGUAUGCCAUUGCCAGCUUCAAUUGGAUCAGUUAGUUCAUCUUCUACUUUUACUUUUAUUGUGGUAGAUGUUUUCGAUCAUUGACAAAAAUAUGUUAAAGCAUUUGGACAAAGAAACUUUACUGUUUACAAUAGAUAAUAGUAAUAAUACAUUAUCUAACUGGGGUGUGCAUGCAAACAAUUUGUGCCCACUAAAAUAUGUCACGUAAUUUUUAAAGAAAUAUGGUCCAUUGUAUCAUUCAUAACAAGGAUCCAGAUAAAAAAUGAAGAUAUUGAACAAGUGGAUAAUACGAUUCUGUAUUACAGAAGAUCUAAAUCCGAAAUCAAAAAUUCGAUGAAGAAUAGGCUAUCAAAAGCAGCCAUUUUGAAUAUAGGGAAAUUUCUGAGUAACCAAAGACUCAAUCUGCAAAUCUGAUAUCGGAUGAUAAAAUGUUAUAUCCACUCUAUUCUUCUUUAUGGUGCCGAAGCUUGGACUGUUGACUUAAUGAGAAAACUGAAGCUUUUGAGAUGUGGCUUUUUAAAAGAAUUUUGAAAAUACCCUGGACCGAUCAUAUUACGAACGAAAUGGUGCUGCACAUAAUGGGAAGAGAUAGAGAACUUCUGACUAUCAUUAAAAGAAGAGAUAUCGUAUUAGGGCACAGAAAUGAUAAGUAUGAGUUGUUGCAGCUGAUUGUGAAGGGUAAACUCGAAGAAAAAAUGGAAAAAAAAACCAAAACAUCACUGUCUCGAAGAGUGAGAGAAGUGAUUGUUCAAUUCUAUGUAGUAAAGUAGGAAUAUAGUUUCAACUGUUCGAAAUUAUAAUACUCUCUAUUAUUUAGGUACAUAUUUCAUUAUUUAUAUGAACAUUACACACAUUAAUACUGUUAAUUUUAACAAAAAAGAGAUUAAAAAAAUGCUUGUGGGAUUUUUCAACGGGCCGGAUAAAAUAAGCGAAAGGGCCGGAUGCGGCCCGCGGGCCGGCUUUUGCCCACCCCUGCUGUUCAGUGUCUGUUCUCUCAAUUCCCUUACUCAAAUCCACCUUAAAUCUUUCUGCACAUCGUCCAGGUCUCAAUUUAGGUCGCUCUUUCUUCUUCUUUCGACCGGCUUAUUUAGUUUAGUUAUUUUAGUAGGAUCACUUUCAUCCAUCCACAUAAUGUGACCCACCAAUCUUAGGCGGUUUUAUUAUUUUGAUAGUUUUGACGAUAUCUGCACAACCAAAAAGUUUAUAGAGUUCGAAAAUAUAUCGCCUUUUCCACAGAUCCUGUUCGUUAAUUUGGUCAUCCAAAAGUAAUCUAACACACACACACACACGUUCAUACACACACAAGAUAGUUGUAAGUAAAAUUUUAAUAUAUUUUUUAAAUCCGUUUUGAAGCCAUUGAAUAGUAAACAAUUUUAAAAUGCCCUUCGCUACAUAUCUUUGAACUACUUCUCGAUUCUCGACUAGGCGAUUUCUUUGAUCAAAUAAUUGUUAUGAUAAUAUUUAACUUCAUCAAAAGUAGAGAACUUAAUAAUUGUCGUUUACUUUAGUUAUAAAUCAAUCAAAUUUUUCAUAUUCUAAUUUGUUACCAAUUAUCAUAACAAUAUUUUUGAAUAAUUCUGCUGGAUUUUUAGUUAUACAAAAAUGUGAUAAAUUUUAACAAUAGACGUACUAUGUGAUUAUUAUAGACACUAAGUUAGUUUUAAAAACAAUUCUUUGUAUAAUUGAAAUUUAAUCAUUUUUAUUUUAUCUUAUUAGAUUUUAUAUUAGAUUUAUAUAACUGUCCAAUAAUUAUAA